AUGGACGGAAAUGACCAGAAUGAAAGUUCUUCUAGUUUCGUGUUCUACAAUCUAGGAAACAUUACUAAGAAUCAAACUGGACUUACUAUUCUAGAGGAAGAUGUUCAAGAACUUAUCAAAAAUCUAAAUUUACCGAAAAAUUUAUACAACUUACUACUUUUUGAAGAUUCGCAAAAUGAAUUUUCGCCUCAAAUCUUAAUAAAUUCAUUAAUGGCUUUAUCCGACCCCACCCCAUUCAAUUUAAACUUAUUAGAAUUACAUAUACGUACGUGGGUAAUUGUUUUAGAAAGGAUAUGUUUUUCACCAAUACGCCUUAGUAGAGAACUUCGUGAAAGUAUAUAUGAUUCAUUGGCAAAAUUUGCAGAAAUACAUCGAAAGACAACGCAAGUGGUAGAAGAGGGUCUAGAAAAUGUUUUUAAGCCCAAAUCUAAUCAAUUUUCUCAACAAAGAUCUUUAGAACAGAAUGAAUAUUCAGUUAGAAAAGAAAUUAUAGCACCGAAUCCUAGAUACUCUAUAGGAGAAUGCAUAUUGUUUAAAGCCAAAAUACCAUUUAAAGAGGGAUACAGUAUAUAUCAAUAG